AUGUCCAAACUCAGAGACAAUCCCAUGUUAAUCUUCUACCUGGGUCUCCUCUUAAUUCUCACCCAUUUCUCAAUCUGCAAUGGGUCUUCAGUUCUGGACCUCAAUGCACUCAAAGGAAGUGAAACUGAUGUCAAGGUCGGGGACUGCAUAACAGAGCCGGAGAUGGACUCAGAGACAAAUAGAAGAGUGCUAGCAAUGCAGAAGAAGUACAUAAGCUACGAGACACUGAAGAAGGACUUGGUUCCUUGUGCAAGGCCUGGGGCUUCCUACUACAAUUGCCAUGCUGUGGCGGCCAAUCCUUAUAAUAGAGGCUGUGAGGUCAUUACACGAUGUAGAGGUACCCCAUGA